AUGAUUGCUGGUCCUAGAGCCAAGAUCACUGAUUUUGGCAUGUCUAAGCUAGCGACGGUCAAUCCUCGCAUGACAGCCUUGACCCUGUGCCCAGGUAAUGUCCUGUACAUGUCACCCGAAGCCCUCGAUGAAGCUAAGUCCUACACAGCUAAGCUCGACAUGUUUUCUUUUGGCGUUAUUACCAUCCAAAUGCUGACAAGGCAGUUCCCAAAUCCAACUGAUCGCUUUCGUCUACUUCGUGUCCCAGGAGUCAAUCAGGAAGUUCGCGUUCUUGUUCCUGACGCGGAACGUCGCAAGGAUCACUUGGAGUCGAUUCCACAAACUAACCCUCUGAAGCAUAUAGCAGUGAUAUCAAUAGAGAAAGAAGAAAGUAAGCGCCCGUCGGCAAUCGAGCUGAGUGAGAGGUUAGCUGAGCUGAAACAAUCUUCUCGGUAUACAGAGAGUGUUCGUAGGGCACAAAACCUCAGUUAUCCACACGAGCAACAGCAAAACCAGCCUCCCUCAACCAAUGAUGGACCAACAAAUGGGACACCAGAGGAGAAGUUGAUGAAACUUGGAGCAGUUGUAGAAAAGCAGAAGAGUGAAAUUAGGGUGAAAGAUGAGGCUAUAGAGAAGACAGAAGAGGAAUUAGAUAGACAAACACUUGCCAUCGAGCUGAAAGAGAAAGAGCUACAUUGCACAGAGGAAAAACUCCAGGUGUCCAAAAAGCUGGUGUUCGAGUUACGUCAAAACCAGGAAAGAAUGGAAAAAUGCCUUCAGGAGAAAGACAACAAAAUUGCAGACUUUCAGAAGUUGCUUUCGGAGCACAAGAGAGAAAUACCCAAGUCAACCAUUGGGAUAGCUAUAGAGCAACCUCAACAGCCGCCACCUGAUACACCACAGGCAACGCCACUGAAGGAGAUCAGGGAAAUGUCAUGGAGGGAAGGGAAGAGAGCACCUGAGAAAAUGCAUAGGGGAGCAGCAGCCGUGAAAGGGAACUCUGUUUACAUAGCUCCAGUCAACUCACACAUAAUCUACCACUACCAGUAUAUGGAAGGAGAUGAGAAGUGGUUUUGCCUAGCCAGCAGUCCAAACAAAAACGUUGGUCUUGCAAUGAUAGAAGGUCUCGUUACAACUAUUGGUGGAGUACGGGGUUCUAGUGUCACCAGGAGCCUGCUGAGUCUCACCAGAGAAGGAAAGUGGUUCGAAGUGUUCCAACCGAUGCCCACACCGCGAACCAGUCCAGCCUGCAUCACCAGCGACAAAACUCUGGUCGUUGCCGGAGGAGACGAUUUGAACACUGUUGAGGUUAUGAAAAUGAGCACCCAGCAGUGGAUCACUGUGUCCUCUUUGCCUCAGCAAUACUCUCUGCUCUCCGGCACUCUCUGUGGAGACACACUAUACCUUGCCGGAGGAAUUGCUAAUGAUAUGGACGACAGCAAAACCUCGUCCAAAUCUGUUUUAGCAUGCACCCUUUCCAACCUCGAGCCACCCGGCACACUGUUUGCCACUGUGCGAAAGGCCUUCACUCGAAAUCGCGAUGUGUGGAGGGAGAUUAGUGGGCUCCCAGUGGCUCACUCAACUCUAGUCUCGUUUCGUAGUCAGCUCCUGGCCGUUGGCGGGUGGGACGACUUUACCAACCCCACAGCCAAUGUGUACAGGUACGACUCUCGUGUCGACUCGUGGAGUGUUGUUAGCAGGAUGAGGAGAGAGCGCUCAUUUUGCCAUGCCGCUGUAGUUUCUCAAGACACACUUAUUGUGGUGGGGGGAUAUGAAGGGAGAACAAUGACUAAUACUGAUACUACUGAGGUACUACACUGA